CCGCAGGGGCCGCGUUCUCAAGUUCACUGAGCGCAGUUGCCUGCCUGUCCGGAUAGCUUGGACCGGGCUGUCCUGCUGAGAGACAUUUCACAGCUAGAAGCACUGCUGUGCCUCGGGCGGACAAACCGUUUCCAGCUGUAGCCGAGCUGGGCCGUUCCCAUCCCAGAGGUCCUAUAAUGAACAUUUUCCCACUGGAGUUUCGGUAAACUUUACAUUUUUUCACCCCACUUGCUUUCCCGCACCAUGUCGGGAGUGGUCCGCACCCUGAGCCGCUGCCUGCUCCCGGCGGAGGCCACCCGGGAGCCGGGAGGCAGCAAGCAGGGCAGGAGGGAGAGGGACGCGCCUCAGGAGCGGGAAGCCAGACGCCGGAGCCGGGAGAUAGACGCUAUGCUGGCCCGGGAGAGGAGAGCCGUUCGUCGGCUGGUGAAGAUUCUGCUCCUCGGGGCCGGAGAGAGCGGAAAGUCCACAUUCCUGAAACAGAUGCGCAUCAUUAACGGCCAGGAGUUUGAUAAGAAAGCGCUCCUGGAUUUCCGGGAUACUAUAUAUGAGAAUAUACUAAAGGGCAUGCGAGUGCUGGUGGAUGCCCGAGACAAACUGGGCAUUAGCUGGCAGAGCUGUGAGAAUGAGAAGCAGGGCAUGCUGGUGAUGUCGUGGGAGGGGCGUGUGGGCGCCUCGGGGGUCGAGCCCAGUGAGUUUCAGCUCUACGUGAUGGCGCUGAGCGCUCUCUGGGGGGACGCAGGCAUACAGGAGGCCUACUCACGACGCUCAGAGUUCCAGCUGAGCGAAUCAGUCAAAUACUUCCUGGAUAACUUGGAUCGUAUCGGACAGCCGAGCUACAUUCCAAGCAAACAAGAUAUUUUAUUUGCAAGAAAGGCCACUAAAGGGAUAGUGGAGCACGACUUUGUGAUUAAAAAGAUUCCUUUCAAAAUGGUGGACGUUGGCGGUCAGAGGUCGCAGCGGCAGAAAUGGUUUCAGUGUUUCGAUGGGAUCACAUCGAUUCUCUUCAUGGUGUCGUCAUCAGAGUACGACCAGCUUUUGAUGGAGGACCGCAGGACGAACCGCCUGGUGGAGAGCAUGAACAUCUUUGAGACCAUCGUCAACAACAAGCUCUUCCUGAAUGUCUCCAUCAUCCUGUUUCUCAACAAAACGGACCUGCUGGUGGAGAAGAUCCGCACCGUGGACAUCCGCAAGAACUUUCCCGAGUUCAGAGGAGACCCACGCAGAUUGGAGGAUGUGCAGGCCUUCCUGGUCCAGUCAUUCAGCAGGAAGAGGAGAAACCGAGGGAAGCCGCUCUUCCACCACUUCACCACUGCAGUGGACACAGAAAACAUCCGCUUUGUUUUUCACGCGGUCAAGGACACGAUUCUGCAGGAGAACCUCAAAGAUAUCAUGCUGCAGUGACUUUUAUGUUUAUGUCAGUCCAACUGUGAAAACCCGCCACCAUUCCAGCCCGGGAGGACUUGGCUCUGACACCACAGCCUACAAUGUGUUCAUAUUACCUGUGGAGCCAGGAGUUCCUGCAUGCCUGUGGAUACCCUGCAUUUAACCUGUGUAGAUGUGCAAAUGAGCUGGGAAGGAGAGCUAAACUCUGGGGGG